AUGGCCACUUCUGUUAAAGGUAAGUGAACGUUUCUUGGUUGGUAUAUGUUAGUAAAGUACAGUAAAUCUAAAGUAAGAUACAAAAAGGAAUGGCUUGUGAUUUGAUAAGGCUUUACUUAGUCAAACCUGAGGUCAGAGCAAGGCUAAAGUCAACCCAAAGCUAAACACAAUUAACGCUUGAGCAACAUUAAGCUUAAAGUAAUACUAAAGCCAGGGCAAGUGCUAAAUUUUUAAAUUUAGGCUAUAAAGCCAAAUCACAAGGGAGUGUUAUAUAGCAAGAACAACACCGCAGUACUUAAACCUGGAGUUCACUUCGUACUGCCUUUUGUAGAAAGCUUAGUAGUUCUAAACGUAGAGAAACAAUCACAUCAAAUUGACAAUUUACAGGUAAAGUUUAUAUAAUAUUUCCAAUGAUAUAUCAAAGUUUUUAUCAUUAUCUGUUACUUUCGAGCUUUAGUUUGGGCUCUAGGGCCUUCUCUUGAGCUGAUGGUCCUCAGGCACACGGGUGCUGGCUCGGCUUUUUAAAUUUUUAUUUGUCCGGCCUAGCCUUUUCCAGAACAAGACCGGGCUAGUAAGCACACUUUCAGUUCUAGUGUACCAGCCCUUCCCUUUAGACUUACGUUACGCGCCCAACAAUACGUUUUUACCACAUCUUUUUUCAGUUAUACACUUCAGAUCUGUACCAACUAUCUGUAUCCCUAAAAUAUGAUCAAAAGAUAGUCAAUGUAGAAAGAUAUUCCUUCAAAAAGGCUGAAGAUCACAUUAUUUUACUGAUCAGAGCCUGUAUAUCAGAAGAAACCUGCCAGAACACGAUCAAGAACCUGGUAAUCAUUGAAAAGAAGGUGAAUAAGAUGAUAAAACAAGCUGAUUCAGUCUCUGGAGUUAGAGUUUCAAACUUUGUUGUCAUAAGAAUUGAUGUAAUUGAGCUUUUAAACCUGAAUGUCAAAGAAGAAGCGGCAGAAAUCAGUUGGGAAGACGAGGAAAAGUUGUGUGAAGAAGCCAAGAAAGCCGCUGAACUACUGGAUCACAACCCAAUGGCGCUACAGCUGAGGAUUCUGAGGUCCGUGGAGCAGAAUGGGUAAGGUUUUAGCUUUUAGUAACGCCUGAGGGGAUGGGUAGUGCGGGUGGUUUAAUUCUGAAAGGAAAGUGAAAAAAAAGUAAUCAACAGGGGGACCAAAUUCAAACUUAUUUGGAAAAAAAAAAUUAUUAUUAUUUAAAAAUUUUUAUUUUUAAGGAAUGCCAUUGUCAAGUUUUUCUAUUUUUAUAGCCGGGGGGGGAUUCAUUUAAGAUAGAGAAGUGACGUUUGUGUUUUCUUUACCUAAUUUCUCGAUUUUACCAUGAUUUUUACAAAUUUUGAACUUUUUGAUCAAAAAAUCAAAAUAUUUUUUAAAUUAUUUGAAAAUUUCAUGAUUUUCAAUUUAAAAAAUUCAUUUUCAAUUGACUCGACCUCAUUUUGCAUGGGCAAAGCCAUAAAACAAGCUUUCGAAAGCGUGGCUGAGUGGUCUAGUGGUAUGAUUCUCGCUUCGGGUGCGAGAGGCCCCGGUUUCGAUUACCGGCUCAGCCCAAACCCUUUUGGCCGGAUUUCUUUUGGAAAUCUAGCUUUAAAACUUUAAAAAAUAUGUCUUAUGCAUAUAAAAAUGCUAUUGUUUAAGUUUUUUGCUAUUUUUUAAAAUUAUUCUUUUUAAAUUAAAAAAAAUGAAGUUUUAAAAAAUUUUUUAAAUUUUAAAUUUGCAAAACUUUUUUUUAGAAAGCAAAACUACAAUUUGGUAAUGCCAAUGACAGCAAACCAACCAGAAGUUUAUGGUCAUCAAACCGCGCAUUCGAUAAUUGGCGAUUUUACCAGGCGAUCUUCCUAUAGGUAUCAACGGAUAUACAUGAGCCCACCUCAUACUGAUCCUAUUUAUGACAGAAUAGUAUGA